UGCGCGAGGACCCUCUCUCCUCUAUCUGCAGCAUUAGGAACGUUCCGGGCGAACCGACCGGAUUUUAACACCUUCAGAAACACAAUAAGGGAUCAUUUUAACGUCAAAAGCCGUCGUUUUAAACACUUUUUCUAAUUCAGUUGUGUCUAUUGUAACGUUUUGGAUCUUUCUAGAGGAGGAUUUACCGUUAUUUACACGGUAACAACUUGACAAGUGAAUGUUUUUAACGUUUCAAACCGGUGACUUUUUAGAUGUUUAAGGACUCGCCGUCUUUUAACACUUAAAGCACUCAUUUCAUUUAAUAACCUUUAGCUUUUUUCGUCUUAAAUCCAGUUUCUGCCCGUUUCCCCCACAUUUCAUCUCUUUGUUCACCGUCUUUAAACCGGCACCGGGAUGAGUCUCCGGACCAGGAGCGGCUUUUAGCCCGUGUUUUGUCCCGGGUUAAAGCGGGAUAAUGCUGGCCCGGUUCAGCCUGGUUCUGCUGCUCUGGUUCUGUGCGAGGAGCUGGGGACAGGAAGUGGACUACAACAGGUCUGAAGGUCUCUGUAGCCAUGGCAACAGGUUGACGUGCUGCUGGGGCUGGAGGCCGACGGAGAGCGGACGCUGCCAACCUCACUGUCAGCAGGGCUGUAAACACGGAGUGUGUGUCGGACCGGACCGAUGCAAAUGUCACCCGGGAUACACCGGCAAGGCCUGUAACCAAGAUCUGAAUGAGUGUGGCUUGAAGCCCUGCCCCUGUAAGCAUCGCUGCAUGAACACACUCGGCAGCUUCAAGUGUUUCUGUCAGGACGGAUACACAGAGACAAAGGAGGGACGCUGCAGGAAUGCUCGCACCUGUUUCCAUGCCAACUGUCAGUACGGCUGUGAGGUCAUGAAGGGGGCGGUCCGAUGCACCUGUCCGUCACCGGGGUUACGGCUCAGCCCCGACAGACGCACCUGCUCAGACAUCGAUGAGUGUGUGUCGGCUGCAGGUGUGUGUCCGCGCCGCAGGAAGUGUGUGAACACGUUCGGGAGCUUCCUGUGUAAAUGUCACCUCGGAUUCAGACUGACGUACAUCAACGGACGCUACUCCUGCAUCGAUAAAGACCCUCGUCCGUUCUGCUCUCUGAACCCUUCGUCUCCAAAGUGCCGCUGCUCAGACGGAACCUGUAGAGCUGUUCUCAAAGUGACUCUGGAGCCACACAGACCCAGAACUACAAAAACAACAACAGCAAGAACUACAACUCCCACCACCACUGCUGCAACCACAUAUCCUCUAACGACUACUACAAGCCCAACAACCGUAAAAACUACAACUCCCAUCACCACCACCGUGGCCUCUACUACAAUUGAAACUACAAACCCCACAACUGUUUUGACUACAACUCCCAUCACCCCCUCUGCUCCUACUACCAUUCCUCCAACCACUGCUAGAACUACAACUCCCAUCACCCCCUCUGCUCCUACUACCAUUCCUCCAACCACUGCUAGAACUAUAAACCCAAUACCUGCAAGAACUACAACUCCCAUCAUCCCCUCUGCUCCUACUACAAUUCCUCUAACCACUGCAAGAACUACAACUCCCAUCACCCCCUCUUCUGCUACAGCAGCUCAGCCGACCGUGACAAUAGCAACAACUCUGGAUACUUUUACGACUACAACUACUUCAACAAGUACUACAAUAUCUCUGAUAACUACUACUACUUUGAGUACAAUACUUACUACGACUACUACUGCAAGUACAACUACUUCUACCCCUACUACACCUGAACUGGAAACUACAAUACCUACUACAACUUCAACAACUACAAUACCUACUACAACUUCAACAACUACAAUACCUACUACAACUUCAACAACUACAAUACCUACUACAACUUCAACAACAACAAUACCUACUACAACUUCAACAACUACAAUACCCACAACUACACAUUUUACUACUAUAUCAAGUACUAUACCUAGUACUACUGCUUCUACCCCGGAUACUUCUACUUCUGUAAUAAUUACUGCAGAGGAACCUUCAACCACUACAGUGAACAACAGGAUCAAUAAGGACGUGACACACAGGCAGAGAGGAGACGUGCACAUUCCUCGACACCCGAAUCACAACCACGUGUUGGAGUUUGACAUCGAGCUGGGAAACACCGCCGAGGACAACAGAGACGAUCCUGAGGUGGGUGUGCUCCGUUGUUCCUCUGAUCAGGGAGUGUGUGAUUGGCUGUCGGACAGAGACGGAGAUCUUCACUGGGAAACUGCUGAAAGCCCUGCAGGUGGGCGGUACCUGUCCGUUUCAGAGCUGAAGGCGGGACAAAGGAGCAUCCGUGGCGCUCGAUUGGCCGUCCCAAUAGUCCCGCCCUGGAGCCACGGAGACCUCUGCUUCUCCUUCUCCCAUUGGCUGACGGGGCACCAUGUGGGCGUGCUGCAGCUCUUCAUCAGGAAGAAAGGACGAGACCAGAGGUUUAGCUCCGCCCUCUGGACUCGGACAGGUGGACACGGAUGGAGACACACACAGGUUACCUUGACGACACACUCUUUGGACAAGGUGUUGUUGAAGGCCGAGCGCAGGAAAGGACGGCGAGGACAGAUCGCUGUUGAUGAUGUCACACUGAGACGAGGCGCCUGUUGAUGACAUCACUGCGCGCUGUUUUUAUUUAAGACCAUGCUGCUGUUUUUAUUCACAAUAAAUCUUGUUCAAAAUAAUAAUUAAAAAAUAAUAAGUUAAACUAAAUCUGAGAAGGAUUUAGAUUGUGAGGAAAUACUAUUUAAGCGUUUAUUAAGGAGUGUCUGCAGAGAGACUGAACAGGAGUUGCCGGGUAGAUUAGAUCUGUUAUUGUUUUUAAAGCAUUAAAUAAACUUGUGUAAAUAUCUGUUCAAAGACCAGCUGUUUGUGUAAAUAUAUAUCUUAUAAACUGACAUGUAUAAUGUUUUUUGAUGAAUUUGUUUAUUCAUUUUUGGAAUUUUAAAUAAAACACCUUUUUGCACCUUUUUCA